GUAGGGAAGAAGGAAAUGGCCGGAUGGGGGCGCUCUGUGUGUUCACGACGCGCCGCUGCCGGGCCUGGGGCCGCCGCCUGGGCUGCCGCGGUGGCGGCGGGCGAUCAACACACACACGCACGCUCGCACGCGCCGGGAAGCGGUUUUCGGGACGCAGCAGGCAGGAGCUGGCUCCGUUCACCUCGUGUGUGUGCGUGUUGUGCCGUGUGUUUGCUCUGUCGCGGGCCAUUCUCGCGCGGCGCUCGCUCGCCUCGCUGUUUCACCCGUCCUCCUGCAGCACAGCAGCGCGCCGGCGGCACCACGCCUGGGACACCCGCUGUCAAGCUGGGGUGCAACGAGUCCCGGUGCGUGGCCUGCCCCGGCAAAAGAAAGAACAAAGUGCGCAGCCAGCUGCCGCAGGGGGCAAAGGUCGAUGGAACUGCGUUACAGCGGCAGCAGCAACUGCAGGGCACGAGGGGACCUGACCCCAUGAACACCAGUGCCAACAGCCUCGCGCCCGGAGAUCCCAACAUGUCGGCCACUGGAUCCGGGCGUGUCAAGGUUUCCCUUGGCCCCGGCCGAUCUCUCAUGGACUGGAUCCGGUUGACCCAUGCCAAUCCAAACCUCUCUGGAGUCAACGGCCGCUUUCUGGAGGUCACUUACGAGGAGCUGAUGAAGCACAAUAAAAAGGAUGAUGCCUGGAUUUGCCUAAAAGGUCGUGUGUACAAUGUUACUCCAUACAUGGAAUACCACCCUGGUGGUGUAGACGAGCUACUCAAGGGUGUCGGGAAGGAUGCCACUGACCUGUUCAACCAGGUUCACAAGUGGGUGAACUUUGAGUCCAUGCUCGAGAAGUGCCUCAUUGGCAAGGUUGUUGGCCCUGCCAUUCAAGUUCGUAAAUCUAGUUUUCCAGUGCCAAGGAUACCAUUUAUCAAGAAACUGCAAAGGACCGACACAGCAACCUCAGAAGAUGUUCCAGACAUCAGUGAAGGGACAUCACCUAAGCCGGCUGUUAGUUUAAAAGGGCCCUUCAGCACUUCUCAGCAGAGUUGUGGAACGUACUACUCGGUAUUGAAGGGCAUCCUUUCACGAAUAUCCUCCUGCAAGAAGUAUUUGAAUGCUUUGAAUACGAGUGGAAUCGCUGGCAAUCAGAGCUUAUCCUUCAGACCUUCCGCGAUGUUCCCGCGGUUUCUUCCACAAUGGGGGUGGCUGUGGAAGAGCAGGUCGUUGCCUUCAGUGCUCAGCCCACGCUACGAGUGGUUUCAAGAUGACUCUACGGUCACUAUCACCAUCCAGUCCAUGGGCGAUGCGAUCAUCGAAGAAGAUAAAGUUGUGGCGGACCUAUCAGGGAAGACUCUUCGGAUACGAAUUCGGCUCUCGAAAUAUUUUUACCUUUUUCAUGUUGAAUUGCAAGAUAAUGUGUAUAGUAGCUAUAAUGUCCAGGUAAAGUGCAAGCUAAAAUGCCUGGAAACCCAGCUAGUGAAGGAAAAAAAUUGCGUCUCCUGGUCCUCCCUGGGCUCCUUUUUAGCCGACCACAACCAGCUAGUGCCUUUGAAAAACGUUGAGAGCUUUUCCCGUAGUUGCACCCUAGUGAAUAAAGACAGCGUGACUCAUGACAUCACAUUGUUCAGCUUUGCACUACCGCAAGGUUCAUAUAUGUGGGUGCCCGUUGGGCAUCACGUGACACUUGAGCAUGAUGUGAAAGGAAUGCGGAUAUCUCGGAGCUACACCCCGGUCAUCCCCGCACUGAAAGCCGACGAGGAAGGGAGUGACGGAAAGACAGUACACCUGAUGAUCAAGGUCUAUCCUGAUGGAGCCCUGACUCCCGUGCUGAACACCCUCGAAAUCGGUGACAAAGUUGACAUGAAGGACACGGAAGGCGACUUUGAACUGUCAACGUUGCAGAGGUGUCAGAACCUCGUUCUCCUUGCUGCUGGGACAGGCUUCACGCCCAUGGUGCGGCUAAUGCAUUGGGGGAUCUUCAUCUCCAGGCAAAUUAAUAUAAGUUUGAUGACAUUCAACAAGACUGUCAGAGACAUCAUUUGGAAAGAGGAGCUCGAUCGCCUACAGGCGCAGCAUAAUCGACUGCGUGUGGAGCACAUACUCUCGGAACCUGACGAUUCCUGGGAAGGCUCCCGAGGCCGCGUGAGGAGUGAGCUGCUGGAGCCGCUGCUUCCCGAAGACAUCCGGCAGAGCGACUCUCUGCUUGUGUGCAUAUGCGGUCCGCUGCCAUUUACCAAGGCUGCGCUGAAGUGCCUGGAAGACCUACAGUGUCCUUCGAAGUCCGUGCAUGCUUUUCUCGGUUGAAGGACAGCAAGCAGUA